AUACUUCAUCCUCUGAAUUCUAUUUCUAUUUCUAUUUCUAUUUCAGUGUUUGACCGAAGGAAGUUUUCAAACCCGGUUUUAGUGAUAUAGCAAUUUUAUCCUUAACCACGAGUAAAGAAGAUUUCUCUACAUCGCUAUCACCAUCAUUUGUAACGUUCCAUUCUGUUGAAACCGACAUUUAUUCCUCGUCACGACGCUAAUUGAUCGAUAGCUUACAUUAAUCACUGGAAGAGCCGUAUUGAGUUCAACAAAGUUAUCACAUUAAUGAUAUCAGCAUGACAUCUUCCUUCUCAACAGAAGUUUAUACGUCAAUAGUCAAUAUUGGCACAGACUCUUACCUCCUUGGAGCAGGCUUGCCCACCGAUAUUGAAAUUAGUUCUAGCGGAAGCUUGGAGCCAGUAACCAUUAUCUCUGUUACUGAUGAUGAUGAUGCCAUUACCCCAUCAUGGUUAAACUCCAAAUACGAAGAGUUUUCCGAGCUAGACGAUGUAUGGUGUCAUGCCUUUGCUCGCAAUGUUUUUGCUCAAAAGAAGCCUGGAGUCUUGAGUCUAGCUGCUGGCUCUGGUACACCGCAAGCUCAGAGACACAAGACUUCCAGAUAUCAAGGAGGACCUCUUACUACUGGACCUUAUAUUCUGAGUGGCUCGAAGAUUCAUCGAGUCUAUAAAUUAUACCAGGAUCCGCUAAGUGCAUUUGUCUGUGGUGUCAUACCCACUUCCCUAGGCAGUAAUCGGUAUGAAAUGCGAUAGCCUUGAGUUUAAGUCUCAAUGCUAAGACUCUUUAACAGCUACCAGAGAAUACCCACGAAUUAUAUUCCCGUCCCAUCUCGACUAUACUCACCAUUACCAUCUGAUCUUCAACCGCUCUCAGGUAAACGUAUAGCGGUGAAAGAUAUCUUUGAUCUCGAAGGUGUCAAAACUACCGUCUGUAGUAAGGCCUACGAAGCUCUUCAAGAUCUCGCAAAAAAGACAGCUCCAUCAAUACAAAAGCUGAUUGAUCAAGGAGCUGUAAUUAUCGGAAAGGUAAAGACGACUCCCUUUUCAUCUGGAGUGGGCCCUAGAGAUUGGGUAGAUUAUCAAGCACCGUUCAAUCCUCGAGGAUGUGGAUACCUUGACGCAAACUGUAGUAGCGCAGGAAGUGGAGCUGCACUUGCUGGAUACGAGUGGUUGGAUUUUACUAUUGGGUCGGAUAGUGAGUAUCAUAUUCUACGAUGCAUGUAUCGAAUUGACCGGUGUUAUAGCACUCGGGAGUAUGGUAGGCCCCGCUGCGGAUAACGGUCUCUUUGGAAUUAGGCCAACUCAUGGCCGUAUCUCCUGCGAAGGUGUUGUUCCAGUAUCAUCGUAAGGAGUCUUUUUUGAAUGUGAAGGGACCUCGAGCUAAUGAUCUAGAUAUCUCGACACUCCUGGUAUUUUCAGCCGGGACAUAACAGAGUUCAGUGCCGCCACAAAAUCAUGGUUCGGUUCCUCUAAUCUACAAGCUUUCUUAGCGGUAACAAUCCCACUAAUAUUGUUAACCCUGUAUCUACUUAUAACUUAUGAUCAAUAGAUGCCAACAAAACUAACCAGUCUUUCGGAGAGAUACGCCGACUUUUCGCCAGAGGUAAAAGGGGUAAUGGAGCAUUUCAUACAAGAUUUUGAGAAAGCCACCCAACUGCAUCGCACUACAACCACCAUGGAAAAGUUAUGGGCAUCACAUGCACCUGUAAGCUCGUCUGGAAAGAACUUGUUGGAGACUUUUGGAUCAGUAAGUUUGAUUGAUACACAAAACAAAACCAAAACCCCAUGUGCAAUAGUCCGGGCUGCAGACCAAUUCAACUUUGUCAAACUUGAAUAUUUGAAGGCGAUUCACUUAUUCUGGUAAAAUCAUUUUUUUGAUCAACUGAAGAUCGAAAGAAAUUCAACGAUUAGAGUGAUUUCAAUGUCAAAAUUUCUCUGCCGUUAGACUGCGGUCCGGACUAUUAAAUCCACAGACUAAAUCGUAAUGUUCCCAUCUAAUCCAAGUAGACCUUAGCACACAUCCAGCUAUACGAUCACUACAACAACACCAUCUCAUUUCGCGAAGAUUACCGGAAAAAAUUCAACACAGAGCCAUAUGCCGAGCCAUUACUCCGCUACAAAUGGUAAGAGUACUCUAGCUCUUCAUCUGCGACACCGAUAUCGACAUCAACAUUUUAUACUAACGCAUAUAAAGGAGUCUCGGCGCGAAAAUCACCCAUGAACAAUAUACCAGAGCAUUAAAAGAGAAAGAAAUCUUCGCCACCUUCAUCAAAGAUCAUAUCUUUAGCAAUGGCGGAGUAAUGCUAUUACCCUUUGGAUUCCCAGACGUGUUUUAUCGUGAUGAAUACUCCGGGUUUGUGCCCACAUAUCAGCUAGUGAUCGUGAACUCAUCACCUAGCACAUGCUAACAUUAAAUAGUUCCGUCGAAGAAUAUGGCCCACAAUGGCAAGGGUUUAAUCUUUUUAUUGCUGCAUUCUCAGCACUGGGUGGCGGACCGGCGGUGUCAAUUCCUGGUAUUUUUUCUCUCUGCUCUAUAUGUUUUGAUAUGUGCUGUGCUAUGCUGUGCAGUGCUAAUAGAAUCCGUGUAGUGGGACAGCGACUUUACGAUUCGAAAGUGACGGGCGUGAAGGAGUAUCAACCGGUUGGCUUGAUGUUGUUAGGUGCUCCGGGUAAGAUGACACAGUCAUGAAUCCAAGGGAGAUAGCUAAUAGGUCUAGGGACGGAUGAAUAUCUGAUUGAAUUGGUGAAACAUGUGCUUGUGACUUCUGGUCGACCGCUGAGUGUCAAGACUGGAAAAGUGGCAUUUUGAGAUUCGGUACUAAGGAUACAUACAUAUGAUAGGUCAUUGAUCCGCUGGAAUACCCUAGGUAUGCAGGCUUAAACUACUUUAAGUGGACUGCCCGCAGCCGUGGUAUAGAUCAUGGAUCCCGGAAAUCUAUAUCCUUUAUGGAAAUUCGUCCAGCUUCGCACUCUUCAAACCUCGUUCUUCCAAUCCGACUUAUAAAUCCUCCAGAAUCAAAGGUUCCACAUUAUCAAAAUAGCUCAUGUCAAGAUUUGAAAAGUCCAUAUUACUAAAAUUGAUAUCCAUGCCGUUUUGUAAAAGAGAAGAAUCAAAGUAAUCUGUUGUGUUUUCCCCUUUAUCAAUGCCAUACCCCAGAGGCGAGUUAGCGGCUUUACUUUCCGCUUCGCUAGUUUCUCCUCGGUUAACUGGUAGACAAGGCAGGUCCUCCAAGUUCGAGGCGGGGGUUUUAGUGAUAUAGUUGGUGGUUAGUAGAGGGGGUAUAUCCGUGAUGGCGUUAUGUACAGAGUUUAACUGAUCAUUGUACUCCGGACAUGUAGCUUCUAUAUCCAGGGCCGCGACAUCCAAUCUUGAGUCCAGAUUGAUUUGGGAUGGUAGUGGUUGGAAAAAGCGUGGCUCUUGAGUUGAAUAGGUUUCUCCCGAUUCGUUA